AUCAACUCACGGGCUGAAGUCACCAUAGCAACAGUUUGUUGUAGUCUGCUGGCAGAAGAUGAGACUCAAACGGUUUCUUCUUAGAUAUUAUCCACCAGGUAUAAUCCUGGAAUAUGAGAGAGGAGGCUAUUUGAGGACCAAGUCCAUCGAUCUUCUGGAUUUGACACCUGAAACAAAUCCGGAUGAGCUGCUGUCAGAAAUCCGACAAUCAGAGCCUCUGAUCACAGAGUCUCGUGCUGAACAGGUCAAAGAGUUAGUUCUUCGACUCCAACAGAAACAGGGUCAGCAGGACCACCACAGGUUCUGUUUCUGCAAGGAGUUGAAGGCACACAUAUUGCCUCUGACAAAUGUUGCCUUUGACAAAUCUGGAUCAAGGUUCAUAACCGGGAGUUAUGACAGGACAUGCAGAGUUUGGGACACCGCAUCUGGCACAGAGCUGCACACACUCGAGGGUCACAAAAACGUAGUAUAUGCAAUCGCAUUCAACAAUCCCUAUGGAGACAAGAUUGCCACCGGCUCUUUCGAUAAGACUUGCAAACUGUGGUGUGCAGAGACUGGCAAAUGUUUCCAUACGUUUCGUGGACACAGGGCUGAAAUAGUGUGCCUGGCAUUCAACCCUCAGAGCACACUGGUGGCCACAGGCAGCAUGGAUGCCACGGCAAAGCUGUGGGAUGUGGAAAGUGGGGAGGAGGUGGCCACGCUGACUGGCCACACUGCAGAGGUCCUCUCUUUGUGCUUCAACACCGUCGGCGAUCACCUUGUCACCGGAUCCUUUGACUACACAGUCGCUAUAUGGGAUGUUGCUUCCAAAAGACGUGUUCACACUCUGAUAGGUCACAUUGGAGAAAUAAGUAAUGUUCAGUUUAACUGGGAUUGCUCGCUCAUAGUCUCUGGUUCCACUGACAAAACGUGUAAGCUGUGGGAGGCAGUCAGUGGGAAGUGUGUGGCCACCCUGGUUGGACACACGGAGGAGGUGUUGGAUGUGAGUUUUGAUUUAAGCGGUCAACUUAUUGCUACAGCUUCUGCCGACGGUACAGCAAGAGUAUUCAGUGCAACAACACAUGAGUGUCUGGUGACGCUGAAGGGCCAUGAUGGGGAAAUCUCUAAGAUCUGUUUCAGCCCCCAGGGCAGCAGGGUCCUGACGGCCAGCUCAGACAAGACAGCCCGUCUGUGGGAUGCUCAGUCCGGAGCCUGCCUCCAGAUCCUGGAGGGCCACACCGACGAGAUCUUCUCCUGUGUCUUCAACUAUGAGGGAGAUGCCAUCAUUACAGGCAGCAAGGAUAACACAUGUCGGAUCUGGUACUGACCCUUCCCUGGACCCAUCACAGGCUCAGAUGCACAUUACCAUGGACACAGGAAACAAGUGUGGAUUACCAUCCAAUAAAACAAACAUUAAAGAUCUAAAACAUU